AUGACAGAGCCACCGGCGAAACGCGCCCGUCGGGUGGACAGCUCGACUAUGUGGGACAUGAAUGACGAAGAGGGCCGCCCGGAUGAAGCAGAGUCAGACUUCGACAGGAGUCCAAGGCGUGAAACACAUUCAAAGGAGGAUGGACGGCGUGACGGUCCUCGCGACGACAGAAGAUAUCGCUCACGCUCGAGAGACCGGAGAGAUCGGAGGCGCGACAGGAGUUGGUCUAGGGACCGUCGGGACCGUGAUCGCGACCGAAAGGAGAGGGACAGGGACGAGCGUGGGCCUAGAGACAGAAGGAGCGUCAGUCGCGACAGACACCAUGAAAGACGAGGUUACCCAACAAAAGGCGACAGAUAUCGAGAUCGCUCUCGAUCGCCCGGCCGCAAUGGCAACAGAGAUAGGUCCAGGACACCGCCAGUGCGAGCCCCCAGAGGCGACCGCAGAAAUGACCGCAGAGAUCAUCGCAACCAAGCCAACGGUGCACCAGACCCCAAGUUAACAAGCCGGCCCCGAGAUGGAAUGGAUAUAGACACCGACGACCCUGUCGCAGAGGACGAUGUCGACGAGAUGAUGCGCAGGAGCAUGGGGUUCAGCAAAUUUCGAAGUACAAAAAACACGAAGGUUCCUGGAAACAAUGUCUAUGGCGUGCGAAAGGAGAAAAAGACAGAAUACCGCCAGUACAUGAACCGUAUAGGAGGAUUCAACCGACCACUCAGCCCUUCACGCAUGUGA